AUGUUAAUGGUAAAAUUAAUUGUUAGUUUAUACAUUCUUUACAAAUGUGGGUGUACUCCUGUCUUGAAAUCAUGCAGCGAUUGUAUGCUGGUUCGCCAGUGUCCAGAUGUAGUGAAUAUACCUCCGGAGAAAGCAAAAGAAAAAUUGUUAAAUUCACUUUGUGGAAGAACAAGAGAUAAUGGAAAAAGAGCAAUUAAGAUUUGCUGCUCCGACUUCGCUGUGCCUGGGACCAUAAAAAUUUUUUCGAGACUGCCUGAAUUACCAAUUAUUGAUGAUACUGACUAUGAUGCAAAUAACAUUGAUAAUCAUACAAAUACAAAAUUACUUCCGGACAUUUGUGGCCAAAAGUUUGAUUAUCGCAUUAUUGGCGGAAAUGAAGCAGGAAUAUUCGAAUUCCCUUGGAUGGCACUUAUCUAUCAUAAAGAUAACAAUGGACAAGCACUAUUGGAUUGCGGAGGAUCCGUAAUUAGCUCUAGAUAUAUUUUGACUGCUGCCCAUUGUGUGUAUGAUAAGACAAUCACGCGUGUACGUGUUGGUGAUUUUAACAUAAAAAAACAAAGAUAUUGUCAAGGAGCAUAUCCGUAUUAUGAAUGUGAAUUAAAACCGCAGGAAUUGCAAGUUGAGAAACCAAUAGUUCAUGAGAAAUAUAGCAAGGACCAUUACUUGAUUAAUGAUAUCGCAUUACUUCGAGUUAACAAAUCGAUAGAUUUUUCCUUCAGAAAUGUCAAACCGAUUUGUUUACCGGUGUGGAAAGAGAUUCGUAACAUAAACCUCAAUGGAAAGGCUUCUGUGGUCGCAGGUUGGGGUCUUAUGGACGACGGAAAACGGUCAGAUAUACUUCAAAAAGUAACUAUACCGAUAAAGCCAGAAACCGAAUGUGCUAAUUACUUUAGUAGAGACUCAAACCGAAAGCACAGCUUACAUAAGAUAUUUUGCGCUGGUGAAAUAGGAAAAGAUUCCUGUAACGGCGAUUCUGGAGGUCCCCUUAUGAUAUUUGAUAAAAUAUAUGAUGACAACUACCGCAUGAUUCAAUUCGGCAUUGUGUCUUACGGCUCGCAGAUGUGUGGAUAUGAGGCGCCGGGAGUGUAUACUUCUGUUCCCAAAUAUAUGAAGUGGAUUUUAGACACUAUUGAAGAA